CUCCCUACACAAACACACGCACUUUGUCCUCAUUCAUUCUCCCCCCUGAAAAAUAUUAAACAACAAACCAACCCUCCAAACCCCUUUUUAUUUCCUCCUGUGAAAAAAAAUUAAAAAUUAAAAAUUGAGAUGUUAGUGUGAAAGUUGCAAAAAUGGAAACCCAUGAAUCAAAAACACAACUCAAAGACUUAAAAUCUGAUAUAUCUAUAAACAACACUGACGAAAUAGUUUCAAUUCUUGCUAAAGAACUUGAAACCCUAAUUCUUUCUUGCAACAAAAACAAUGAGGACUCUGAUCAGGAUAUUGUGAAGCCUAAAGAUGAAAUUGGCGAUGUGGGUAUUGAUCUAAAGCAGGUUUUAGAAGAUGGGUUGGAAAAAAGUAAGGAUUUUGAUGAAGAAAAAAUAGUCGGUGAAGUUAGGGUUUUUGAUGAAGAAAAAGUAGUAAAUGAGGUUAGGGUUUCUGAAGAAGAAAAAGAUGUUGGUGAAAUUAGGGUUUUAGAGGAUUUUGGGGGAAAAGAUGAGAGUGAGAAUGUGGGUGUUGAUUUGAGUAGUGGAGUCAGGUUUUUGGAGAAGAAUGGUGGUGGUGGUGGUGGUGAAGAAUGGGGGAAUGAUGAGUAUUAUGAUGGAUGGGGGGAUGAAGAUGAUGACAAAAAUAGAAAUGAUGGUGAAAUUAGGGUUUUUGAUGGUAGGAAUGAUGGUGAAAUGAGGGUUUAUGAUGAUGAUAACUUUGGGGAAAAACAUGUGCUUGAUAGUCUAGAAAAUAGUUAUUGUCAUGAGGAUGAUAAGUAUAAUUAUAAUGGUGGUGGUGCUGAUAGAGAGUUUGGAAAUUAUGAGAGUGAAAAUGGUGGUGGUGGUGGUGGUGGUGGAUCGGUGAGUGUUUAUCCGGAUGAUGGGAGGAUGAAAAGUUAUCAUUAUCCGUUGAGGCCGGACGCUGAGGAUUGUUCAUAUUAUGUGCGAACGGGGAUGUGUAAGUUUGGAUCGAAUUGCAAGUUUAAUCAUCCUUUGAAAAAGAGGAAUCAGCCAACCAAGGAGACUAGGAAACCAAGGGAAGAAAACAUGGAGAGGCCUGGGCAGCAGAUUGAGUGCAAGUUUUAUUUAUCAUCUGGAGGUUGCAAGUAUGGAAAAGCUUGCAAGUUCAGUCAUACCAAAGGAAAAACUGUUACAACUCCAGUGGUCGAGUACAACUUUCUAGGCCUGCCAAUCCGACCGGGAGAGAAAGAGUGUCCUUACUACAUGCGUAAUGGCUCCUGCAAAUACGGGCCAAACUGUAGGUUUAAUCAUCCCGAUCCUACUGCAGUAGGAGGAACUGAUGCUCCUGCCGCAUAUGGGAAUGAUGGCCCUGCUCCAUUACCAACCGCACCCCAAGCAAAUAUGCCCUCCUGGUCAGCUCCAAGAACUCCAGAGCCCACUGCUGCCUUUGUACCGAUGAUGUACUCACCUACUCGGAACAUGCCCCCUCCUAAUCAAGAUUGGAAUAAUUAUCAGGCUCCUGUUCCCACACCUGCUCACGUGUACCCAAGUUCAGAACGCGGCCUACCUAUUCCACCAGCUUUCUUCCUCAACAAUGCACCAAAUGAUAACAUGUACUCACAUCAUCAACAGCAGAUGCAAGUUUCAGAUUAUCCCGAAAGGCCUGGACAGCCAGAUUGCAGUUACUUUAUGAAAACUGGAGACUGCAAAUACAAAGCAACCUGCAAGUUUCAUCAUCCUAAGAGUCGCACUAACAAAGCUUCCCCAUCUGUUCUGAGUGACAAAGGCUUGCCUUUAAGACCUGAUCAGAGUAUCUGCUCGCACUACAGUCGGUAUGGCAUAUGCAAAUAUGGGCCUGCUUGUAAAUAUGAUCAUCCAGUAAAUUAUAGCAACUCAACGCCUGCAGGACAAGGAUAUCGAUCUGAUGGGUCUUUUAUGCAACAGUCUGUGUAAUCAAGUGGUGCUUAUCCCAUCCUCGAAUACAAGUUUAAUUUUACAUGUUUUUGGACUAACCAAAUCUUUGAAUUUCUCUGGGUAUUUAGAAAACGUUGAAUGAUAUCAGAAUAUGUUUAAAUUAUCUUCAAAGUCUUCUGGUCUGAUGUAGUUUAUGCUUUGUUUUAGCGACGGUUGUUGCGUCAUGAGCUAUUGGGCUCUGCCCACUCAAACUAUUUUCAAUUAAAGAUGGGCUUUUGGUUU